ACGUCCACCGUCACUUCCCUCCAGCAGCUACCAGCGAGCGGACGUACACCGGCACCUCACCUCCUCGCUCACAUUCCUCCUAGCAGGGCAGGCAACAUGGUGAACCUGGGCGACGUGUUCCCUAACUUCUCCGCCGACUCCACGGAGGGCCCCAUCAAACUGCAUUCUUACCUCGGAGACAUGUGGGGUAUCCUUUUCUCCCACCCAUCGGACUACACCCCAGUGUGCACCACGGAGCUUGGCACUGUGGCCAAGAUGAUGCCAGAGUUCACUAAGAGGAACGUGAAGGUGAUGGCCAUCUCCUGUGACUCUGUGGAGGAUCACAAUGGCUGGAUCAAGGAUAUCCAAGCUUACCACAAGCUUAGUGGCCCCUUCCCAUACCCAAUCAUUGCUGACCAAGAUCGGGACCUGGCUGUGACCCUUGGUAUGAUUGACCCUGAUGAAAAGACUGCCGCAGGCUUGCCCCUGACUGCUCGUGCUGUCUUUGUCAUUGGUCCAGAUAAGAAGCUAAAACUGUCCAUCCUGUACCCUGCAACCACUGGACGCAACUUUAACGAAAUCCUGCGUGUGAUCGACUCCCUCCAGCUGACAAAAGAGAAAAAGGUUGCCACCCCUUCUAACUGGUGUAACGGUGACCAGUGUAUGGUGGUGCCAUCUGUGUCUCCAGAGGAGGCCAAGAAGCUGUUCCCAGAGCACAAGGUCAUCCAAGUUCCUUCAGGAAAGGAGUACCUCCGCAUGACUCCUCAGCCCAAGUGACCUGAGUGGCCUGACUGUGAUGGAAGAUUGAUGCACUUGUGAGCUUUAUUGUUUCAUUAGAACAUUCAGUACUUUGUAGUCUUAUUCCUAUUUUGGUAGAGUAAAUGGGAUUGUUUUGCAAAGAGUGCAUAAUGCUCAUUCAAAGAAAUUAGAUUUAAGGAUCUGUUGGUCAAGCAAGCUAUCUUUAAGGGUUUAGUUUCUUAUUUUUAUGACUCAUAUGUGCACAAUUAUUAACAGGAAAAGAAUCCUCUCUAAAAUCAGCUGUAAAAGGAAACCGUUAUCAGUGCCUUAUGUUGUAAUGCAUUCUAUUUUUCACAAUUAAAGCAGAACAAAAACUAAA